UCCUUCCCGGCGGGGCGCGCGGCACGGCGCGGCCAUGGCGCAGAGCCUGAAGGACCUGGCGGGGCGGCUGCCGGCUGGGCCGCGUGGCGUCGGCACCGCCCUCAAGCUGCUGCUGGGCGCCGGCGCCCUGGCCUAUGGAGUCCGCGAGUCCGUUUUCAUCGUGGAAGGCGGGCAGCGGGCCAUCUUCUUCAACCGCAUUGGCGGCGUGCAGCAGGACACUAUCCUUGCUGAGGGGCUGCACUUCAGGAUUCCCUGGUUCCAGUACCCCAUCAUCUAUGAUAUCCGUGCCCGGCCGCGGAAAAUUUCCUCCCCUACAGGCUCCAAAGACCUGCAGAUGGUGAACAUCUCGCUGCGCGUCCUCACCCGCCCCAAUGCCGCAGAGCUGCCCAGCAUGUACCAGCGCCUGGGCCUGGACUACGAGGAGCGGGUCCUGCCCUCCAUCGUCAACGAGGUGCUCAAGAGCGUGGUGGCCAAAUUCAAUGCCUCGCAGCUCAUCACACAGAGAGCCCAGGUGUCUCUGCUCAUUAGGCGAGAACUCACAGAGAGAGCCAAGGAUUUCAGCCUCAUCCUGGAUGAUGUGGCUAUCACAGAGCUGAGUUUCAGUCGUGAAUACACAGCGGCCGUGGAGGCCAAGCAAGUGGCUCAGCAGGAGGCACAGCGUGCACAGUUCCUGGUGGAGAAGGCCAAGCAGGAGCAGAAGCAGAAGAUUGUUCAGGCUGAAGGAGAAGCUACAGCUGCUAAGAUGCUCGGUGAAGCUCUGAGCAGGAAUCCAGGCUACAUCAAACUACGUAAGAUACGAGCUGCUCAGAACAUCUCAAAAACGAUUGCUGGCUCACAAAACCGUGUGUAUCUCACAGCAGAUAACUUGGUACUGAACCUGCAGGAUGAGGGCUUUACCAGAGGAAGGUAGGACGCUCAACUUUAUUUUGUUAGUAUUUGGAACAAGGACAUUGAUGUGUUGCUUUUCGGCCUGGGUUUUGCUUUUCUUGGGCAUUUCUGGCUACCAGUUCAUUCUGUUUGUACCUCAGUUCCCAUUUGUGAUAUGAAGUUUGAAGCCUUUCCUUGCAGGGGCCAUACAAACAUCUACGUCAAGUGGGAGAUGUGCGUGUGUCUUGGAACCCUGCAUAGGGAAGACAGGAAUAAUAAUCUGAGGACUGUCCUCUAAUCUGUCCCACCUGUAUUGGACAUCCUGCUGUUAAAACAGAGGGCUCUUUGGAGACACUUAGAUGGUUGUAGUAUAUUGUGUUGAUUUGGUGUAAUGAUCUCUUGAAAAGAUGUUCUCGUCACUCUCCAAAAGCUUUCCAGUCCAUGUUAGAAAACCUCAUUCUCCGCUUUCAGAGCCAGACAGAAUUUUAUGGUUUUAGCCUCAUUUGUCCAGUGUUAACUGGACAGAGACAGAGCAGAGCCAGUUGACUUAGGCUAAAAGCUUAGAAUCAAGAAAAGAAACCAGAGCUGGUUUAUUUUCUAUGCAAUCUCUGAUCACCUUUGCGCCUGUUUGGCCAGAUUCUACCUUAUUUGUCCCAGCGGGCUUAAGGGGGUUCGAAAAAAGGUCUUCAGAGGACUUGAAGUCCACAUUGUUGGAGUGUGACACUUCCUGCUCCCAAGUCAGUAGUAAGGAUCUGGCUCAGCUUUGCCUGUGCUUUCUGGGCUGAUUACUCACUUCUGUCUCCCUCGC